UUAACACACUCGACCAACCCAGCCCUUUAAGCGAUGUUCAAGUACCGUGAACAGUAAAAUCGCAACUCGGCAGUCCUUGUCUUCGGAUCCACAAUCGAGAGAGAGAGAGAGAGAUGUCAAAUAAACUCAAAGCAGUCCCACAGGAUAUCUCAAACUAUACGGUAGAUGGAUGCACUAUGAUUUCCGAGUAUUAGAGGUUGAAAACCAAAAAGACUCUUCUACUUCGUCUUUAGCUUUCAGAUUUUUUGUGGCUAUUACUCAUUUCAGUUUCUCAAGGCAGGUUUUAUCACUUCUGGUAAUAGAAGACAGAAGUGGAACCUUUUGCAAAAAUCAUCAUGCUCAGGCAAUCGCCUAGUAGAAACCCAAGAUCGAAAGGAAUCAAGGGCAAACAUGUUCUGCAAAUUUGUUUAUUGCUUGCUGUUUGCUUCUGGUUGAUUUACCAAGUCAAACACUCCCAUGAUAAAAGAAAAGAAUUCGAUAAAAAAGAUGCAAUGGACUUACUAAACGCAGGAAGUGGCAAUGAAAUCCUAAGAUUUGGAAGGAAAGAUCUCUACCCCCGGGUGGAGGAAACAGAAACUAGUAAUGAACAGCGUGAAGAAGCAGCAGAAGAAGGAGAGGCUGCUGGAGAGGAAGAAGAGAACAAGUCUGAUGAAGAUGAGCAAGAAGAAGGCAACAGAACAGAAGAGAAAGAGGAUGCAGAGAGAGGGGGUGGAGAAGAUGAAAUUGAUGAAGAAGACCAAGAGAAAUCUAAUGCAGAGAUUGAUCAUGAGGAGGAUUUCAUAGAUGACGAGGAGGAGAGAAAAGAGGGUGAUGGGAAAGAAAGUGAAGAGAAAGAUGAUGAUGAUAAAGAUGGCCAAAUGGAGGAUGAUAGUUCUUUGGAGGACCAUGAUCAUGAAGGAGCUGGGAAUACGCAUGAAGCACGAGAGGAGCAUUACAAGGCAGAUGAUGCUUCUAGUGCAGUGGCCCAUGAUACCCAAAUUGUUAGGACUGAAAAUGGGACCGGAAGCUUGGAACACUCAGAUGAGCACAGUGGAAUGAAUACAUUGGAACAGGAAAAUAAAGUCAACAACACUGAGGAAGUCGAUGUUGGCCAAAUCAAAACCAGCUUAAAGAUGGGAGACGGUGAAAUUGCUGAAAAUGGCAGUCCUUUACAUAGAACAGCUGAUGAAGAAAAAAGUUCUGGGGUUGUGUCUCCUAAACCUGAAGAUGUCUCAUUGUUGAAUACUAAACAAAAAACAGAGGCCAAUGAUCAAUCGCAACUAAGCAAUAGCUCAACAGAAGCGAGUACAGAAACUCUUGACUUGACCUUACAGAAUGGAACAAAGACCAUAUCAGAUUUUACUGAAGUUCAGAAUUUGACGGUAGGGGGUACAACAUAUGGGAAAGGUUCCAACUUGCGCACCAUUGCUCUGGAACAGGCCAACACCAUUACUACUGAUAAUCAUGAAUCUGAUUCUAAGGUGACAAUUUUCGCAAAACCUGAGGCUGCAGAGGCAAAACCGAGGGAGUCCUCAAAUUCCUUCACUAAACCAGUGUUUGUUGUAUCAGAAAACGUGGUAAGGUCUAAUACAUCAGUGGCAGUAGAGCACAGCUCUGAGUUUUCAAGAACAGAGGAACUUACUGACGCAACCCACGAUGAGAAGUCAGACACGGUUAUUGAAAUGAAUAAAACAGACGAAAAUUCGGGCUCCUCACAAACUGAGAAUGCAGAAGUUCACAAUGACCCCAUUGAUUCCUCUGAUUCUUCACUACCCUUGGAGGAGACACUGGUUCGAACAGAUCUGGAAACACUGCCAGAGAUAAGAACUGAAGGAAGCAAGAUGGAAGAUGCUGCAGCCGCAGAAUAAUACUACAGAAAAGACAAUUGCUCGGUUCUUGGGUUUGUUUUCUAUUUUCUUGGUUAUGAAUGGUGUGAACUCUUUAUAGUACAUGUUUCAACGUUGCAGGCAAAAUGUAGGCAAGUUAAUAAUAUUAAAGGUUUUCUGUAUAAUCUGUUUCUUGCUUUUUUUAACGUCAGUAUUUUUACUUUAUUUUAUUAUUGGGGUGAAUUAUACUUUGCCGUGCACAACUAUACCUC